UUAUUCUGUUUUCAUUCUUUCCAUUCUUUCCGCUCUUCAGUUUUGAUCUGCUUCAGGCUUUCGGCUCACUUGUUAAUCAAUUGUUGAUCGUUGUUUUAUUUGCCUUCUGUUCUUUUUAAAUGAAAUUUUUAAUUUAGAAAACUUUGUAAAUUUUAUAAUUCUGGUGGUGGGAAUUCGUACGCAUCGCCAUGAAACGACAGCGGAUCUCCUCCAACCGAUCGACACCAGCUGCCACAUCCAGCAGCCGAGCACCUCCACUCCGCUCUUCCACGGCCUUCCACCCGACCAAACCAACGCUCCCCGGCAUGUCGUACAAAGACCUGAUCAACGCGGUGGGCAUCGAGCCCGAGACCAGUCCGUCCUCGUGGCGCAAAACCAUCGAUCACACCGCCGAGACGGUGGUCUUCUUCCAAGUGGACGUGCACAGCAGCGUGCCCAGCAUGUGCAAGAGCGUGCGCAUCACGCAGGAGCACAGUAUGGGCGAGCGGCGGCUGGUGCCCAGUGUGUAUCUGUACGACACGCUGCUCAGCGUGGAUCAUGUCAUCGAGGUGUUGAAGCGACGGUAUCUAGCGGAUGCGGAUGAUCUGAUGAAGCUGCUGGAGUAUGUGGCAGCGUUGCAAGCGGAUACUGAGGAAGUUGGUCAGGAACAAGAAAAUGGAGAAGACCAUUUGGAUGAAAUCGAGAACGCAACAUCACCACCCCAACCCCGAAGCAAGCGAAUGAAAACCCCGGAGAACGUGAGACUGCGAUCGUCGAGACGACUCCAGGCUUCCACAAGACGUUCUCUGUACACUGCGCCUUCGGAAAACUCUUAUGAAGACGCCACUGGCGAACUCCAGCAGUUUGAUUUCACAGCCGAUGCUUCGCCAUACUCACCGGAAUUAGCUCCGGACUGUACUGUCGCCACUGACUCCGAUGUGGAAUGCGACGCACUUCCAGCAGAGGGUGAAGACGACCACACGGAGGAAGACGCGGAAGAGCCGGAGGACUCUGAGCCUGAAGCCGAGUGGAAGGGACCGAUAAGGCCGCGGAGUACUAAGCCGGAAGCAGCCAGGUUUACCGAGGAGGAGACCCGCGCGUUGAUUGAAUCCAUCCGAGCGAAUCCCAUUCUUUGGAGAAGCGAUAGACAGCGCGCAAAUCUCCCUGAACGUACUCAGAAAAAGCGGUUGGCUUGGGAGAAGGUGAUGAGAGCCGUUAAUCGGGUAGCGGAAUCGAGGGGACGGAAGAAAAAGACCUUUGCAUUUUGCUACAAAAAAUGGGACAGUUUGCUGUCAUCGUUCCGAAGAGACGUGCGGAUGAAUACGAAAAAUGGACAGUUUGUCGGCGUGUGGUCUUUCAGUGAGCAGAUGAUGUUUAUCAAGCCGCAGUUGAAAAUUAGCAGUAAACUGCGGAAAGGAGCGCGAACGGCUGAUGACGACCAUCCCUCCGAUAACGACAUUUAGAGUGGGGAAUAGCAUCAAAAGCUUGUAUAAUUCCUGUAAACUUGGAUGUAGGUUUGUAUAAUUAGGCUUGUAUAAUUUCUUUUAAGUUUGCAUGUUCCAGUUAGUUGUUGUCGGAUGUUUGGAUGUUAUCUGCCUCAGCUAGUAGUUUAUUCGAAAAAAACCGCAGACAUGUUUGCUUAGCCGUUUGCUCAUCGCGCAGGCUGCGCAGCUGUCUUUUUUUGAAUUGAAAUUAUUUAGUGAUCUCCAUUUUACUCUGUACAGAUCACUGUAGAAUUGUGCGUAAUGAAUACGGAUGUUAUGGAUUCUCAGAAGAAUCGGAAAUUGUUGUA